AUUUUGCCUUAUUUUGUUACCCGCCAACAAGGAUCACGCGAACUUCAUUUCGCCACGAGCAAGCUCUUUCGGUAAGGUUUAAAUAAAAAAUUGCAGCGAAGUACUGUUUGCAGUGAAAUAUCAUGUCGAGCAUUACCGUGUGCGCGCGCUUUAGACCUUCGAACUCAAAAGAGAAGCAAAAUGGCAAUGACUCUGGCUGCAUUCGGAACAUAGACACCGAAACUUUCAUUUGCAAGGAUGAGAAGGAUGAAGAAUUUGUGUUUAGCUUUGAUAGAGUGUUCUAUGAAAAAUCUGAGCAAGCUGAUGUCUAUCAAUUCCUAGCUCUUCCCAUAGUAAGAGAUGUUGUUGUUGAUGCAUUCAAUGGGACAGUAAUCACUUAUGGCCAAACUGGAGCUGGAAAGACAUAUAGUAUGGAGGGUCCUGGAAUACUUGAAUGUGAAGAACAGAACAAGGGGCUACUUCCAAGAGUUGUAGAAGGACUUUUUGAUUCCAUAAAUUCUUUGGAUAAAGAAAAGACAUAUUCAAUUAAAUUGUCAAUGGUUGAAAUCUACAUGGAAAAAGUAAGGGACCUAUUUGAUUUAUCAAAAGAUAAUAUACAAAUUAAGGAGAUUAAAUCACGAGGAAUAAUUCUACCUGGUGUUACAGAGAUCACUGUACUGGACCCCGCUGAAGCAUUGCAAAGCCUAUCUAGGGGAAUAGCUAAUCGGGCAGUUGGUGAGACCCAAAUGAACGUGGCCAGCAGCAGAAGUCACUGCAUUUAUAUAUUCACAAUUCAGCAAGAAUUUUUUUCCAGAGAUAAAAGGACGAGGUCCGGGAAACUAAUUCUAGUGGACUUGGCUGGGUCAGAGAAAGUGGAGAAAACAGGUGCUGGGGGAAGAGUUCUAGAAGAAGCUAAGACCAUAAACAAAUCCUUAUCUGCACUUGGGAAUGUAAUCAAUUCUCUUACGUGUGGUUUGCAAGGAAAAGCAAGCCAUAUCCCUUAUCGUGAUUCCAAGCUCACUCGAAUUCUUCAGGAUGCACUUGGAGGAAAUGCUAGAACUGCACUACUCUGUUGUUGCUCCCCCAGCGCUUUUAAUGCAUCCGAGAGUCUGUCCACACUUCGUUUCGGUGCAAGGGCGAAACAUAUAAAGGAGUCUCCUCGUAUCAAUUACAGUGAAGAAAAAUGCGACACAAGUUCCAGUGCUGCUUCUCCUUCUCCAUCUGGCGACGAGUCAAGUGCUAGAAUUUUAAACAAGUUGAGGGAAAAAUUGAACGUUGAAGAUGUCAAGUUACUAGAGGAAUUAUUAAUACAAGAGGGCAUUCUCUUUGAACCUCCAUCAGUGGAAGAAGAGUCAGACAUAGAAGACCUUACCUUGCAGAUAAUAUCCUCAUUACAAACAUCCGUGGAGAAGCUCACGGCUACUGUUGAUGAGCUCAAAAGGGAGAAUAGCAUUCUCAGGGCCAAAGUUGAUGCCUCCACGGAGUCUGUUUUCAACAAGGGAGCAGAUAAUAGUUCGAUUUUUCAAUAUAUGAUUUCGGGUAUCCCUACUUUCUUCUUUCGCUGGCUGGGUUACACUUCUCCAAGAGGAUGGCAGUAAACUAUUCAUUCAUAUGUCCUGCCUUGCCGGCCCUUAAACUCUUAUCAAAAUAGUAAUGGUACAUUUGUGGUUACAAUGGAUAGACAUAAUAAACAUGCCUCAUGCUGAUUGACUAAUAGCAUAGUAUAUUCGGACAAGAUAUAUAUUACUGAACUUCAGGCCACUGAUCACAAUCAAAAGAAAGAAAAUAACAGUUUGUUAGCCUCUGCUUGUAACCCGACAAUUGUGUUGUAUGAAUAAUAAUUUAGCAUAGAUGACUAUCUUCUGAAGGGUGCAAGAAUAAUAGCUAGGCUACAACCACAUUGUAUGACAUGAAAUGCUGAGCCCAAUUGAGCCCACAUAGUCAUUUUUC